UUGUUUACAAUUUGCAAUACAUAAACAUUGUUCUGAUCAACUUUUAGGAUUAGUAUUGCACUUAAUCAUUCUAAGAAGCUCCUUACAAUACUCUAUUUUUUAUAACAAUUUCUUUUUGAUCGACUCUUAAUUUCAAAACGUGAGUUCGGUUUCAAAAGAUGCGACAUUACGACUCAAACGAUUCGUUUGUUUGGGAAAAUUGCUGUUUGACUUACAUUGGACAAGAAUGUCAUAAAAUUCCUCUCUUUCUUGGUGAUUCCUUUGGACCUAAAGCUAGACGUUUGGAUCUCAGUUGUAACUCAUUACAAUCACUUUCUGGUUUGGACAGAUUUACGACUAUUGAAGAAUUAAUUUUGGAUAACAAUGAGCUAGACGACAAUGUUGAUUUCCCAUGCAACCUCAGACUGAAUACACUUUCGAUCAAUAAAAAUAAAUUUCAAAAUCUUGAAAAAUUGGUGACAAAAUUGAGUAUUGCGUACCCAAAUUUACGCUACUUAAGCUUACUUGGCAAUCCAGCUUGCCCUGAUCAAUUAUCGAAUGCAAGUGACGACGAAAAUGACUACCUAAGAUACAAGCUGUUUGUCCUCUUCAAGCUUCCAAAGCUUAACUUCUUGGACUCUUCAAUGUUAACUAAGUCAGAGAAACGUAAAGCUAGCAAAAUUGGCCCUUACAUGAGGAUUGUUCGUCCUGAUGAAGAUCUGUUCAACGAUAACCAGAAUGAAUUUGAAGAUGAAGUGUACUCACCUUUACCAGCAAUUGACUACAGUGAUAAAAUCACUCCCAAAGGAGCUUACGGAAGACUUAAAUAUAGAUAUACUGGUAAACAAUCUGAAGGAAAUCGCUUCAUUCGAAAUAAUCAUCUAUGAAUACUCAAAAUAUGGCAAUUGUUAAAUAACAAUCAGUGUUAUAGAUUUUGGACUUUGAAAAAGACCUAAGCCUACAAAGAUAACCUGAAUAAUGAAAAUUUACUAAUUUUUUCACGAAUCUUAACCAAUUUUCGAGGAAUCUUAACCGACUUCCAAACCUCCACUUCUCGAAAAUUAAAUAGGAGAUAAAUUUUGUAAUUAUUCUUUCAUACUUAUUUGUUCAAAAUUAUAAAUUUUUCAAUCUCA